AUGGCGUUAUUAUGGAUUUGGUUAUUUUUAAUCUCGGCUUCAAUAUCAGACGCUGUAAAAGAAACAGAUAGUGUAUCAUCAACAUGUGGAGAACUUGGUGACUGCAUCACGAAUCUUGAUGAAUGUGAUGAAAAAUGUGGAUGCGACACGUUUUCUAUGGUUUACUUUUACAACGAAACCACACAGGAGUGUGAAAUGAAUAUAAAACGGUUCUUACAAACAUUACAGGAAAGGGACGACACGCAAGCGAAAAUAAUUUAUGAAGCUGAGCACGUGUUCCAAAGGAUUAUAUUGUCUGUGAUAAUCGUCGCUGCUUGUUCGGUUCUGUGCGUCUUGUCAGCUUGUUUCUAUUGCUGUCGAAUCAAUUACACGGAUAACCGUCUGAAAAAUGAAGUGGACGCUUUAGCUGCUAAGUUGAAAAGAGAGACGCGUUACAAGAAAAUCAAAGAAAGUUCAAUACGUUUAUCUGUGACGCACGCGUCAGGUGAUGGCGGAGUACCAAAUCGAUGUUGUAGACUCUGUGGUGGUGAGAGUAACCUUCGUUGCUUCUGUACGUCGUAUCUGUGUGAAGGAGUGGAGGAGAGAUAUGAUCAGAUGCUGUCGAACUGUUUCGGUAUACGGGUUUCGCCGUCCGAUAGUAUGGUUUGCGAGAGUUGCAUUAGACAAUUGCGCAACAUUUAUCGUUUCCGGAGUUUGGUUCUGGCUGCUUUUGCGAGAGCUCCUAGUGAAUAUUCGACGCGUAUGUCGUUGCAAAGUGGAAAGGGGAGCUACAAGCGUAAAAAUAGAAGCAAAAAGAAAUCAAACCCAGAGUUGCUGAAGAGGGAAUCCAAAGCGACCAUAAACAAACGGCGCGGCAGCUCAAGGAGGUCCUUAGUCAAUCCUAACGUUCAGCUCAAAAGGACGAAUGUCGCCUGUUCUGUUUGCAGACAACGGUACCCAAUGCUCCUUCCAACGAACGGUACGAAGGUCUUCGUCUGCUCGAGAUGUAAGAAGAAGAACCAGCCCCGGAACGCGACCUGCAGGCAGUGCAACGUCAUCAUGCCAGCUAAUAUGUUACGCGAGCACUUGGAACUGCAUUCGAGGAACGAGCUCAGACGGAGGAGCAGAAUGUGUAUACCACAAAGGAACCGCAACCCAUCGAGGACGGACAGCCGCAUGUCGCAACUGAGACAUUUCUACUGUGCCCAAUGUCCGAAGAAGUUUACCGCCGCGCACCAUCUGGCAACACAUAUACAGACUGAGCACAAAAACGGCACGGACUGCCUCUGCGCCAUCUGUGGUAAGGAUUUGAAGACGCGGGAAAUGUUGGACCGUCAUAUGCGCAUGCACACAGGUCAACCAAUAUACCAAUGCGACGUGUGUUUGCGGUACUUUAAAGGCAAAAGAAGUUUUCAGCUUCACUAUUUAACGCACGGCAAGUGA